AUGGCUCGGAGUGCGCUGGCAAGAACGUCGUGGGAAGGCUAUACCUUGCGUUCGCCUCAGCAUGCCAACCCCGCCUUCAUCCCGACCAUUGUCUAUGGCACAGCGUGGAAGAAGGACCGGACAGCGAACUUAGUGCAUCAAGCGAUCAGCAGCGGGUUUCGCGCCGUUGACACAGCAGCUCAGCCAAAACACUACCGAGAGGAUCUGGUGGGUGAAGGUAUACGUAGGGCUCUCGCGGACGGGAUUGUUCGUCGCGAAGAUCUAUACAUCCAAACCAAAUUUACCUCUGUGCAUGGACAGAACCCAGAUGAUAUGCCUUAUAAUCCCAAUGACAGUGUGACUGAUCAAGUCCACGCUUCAGUGAGGUCGUCCCUUCACAAUCUUCGCUCGUCCGCCUCGCCUGAAAGUGCCGAGGAGACGUAUAUCGACGCUCUUGUACUUCAUUCCCCUCUGCCAACCAUGGCCCAGACAAUCGAGGCGUGGUCAACGUUGGAGACAUAUGUUCCUGAUCGCAUACGCCAUUUAGGUAUAUCAAACACCACACUGCCGGCCCUGAGAGAGCUCGUGUCGUUGGCCAAGGUAAAGCCCGCGGUGGUGCAAAACCGGUUCUAUGGCGGGACCCAGUUCGAUGUUCCGCUCCGCGCGUACUGCCGCGAGCACGAAAUUGUAUACCAGAGUUUCUGGACAUUGACGGCAAACCCAGAGCUGGUUCAAUCCAAGCCGGUUAUUUCCCUUGCUAGAGACUCGGGGGUCUCGUCAGCUGCAGCCUUGUACGGCCUUGUCCUGGGUCUUGGGCAGACAACAAUCCUGGACGGAACCACCAAGAAGGAGCAUAUGAAGGCAGAUCUGGCCGCGCUCAAGAGUAUGCAGCUGUUUUCCAGUGAGAACCCUGAAAAGUGGCAUGAUUUGCUUGAAGACUUUGCGCAGCUCACUGGAGACCAUGUCCAUUUACAAUGA